AUGGCCCCUUCUUUAGUGAGAUUAUAUGAACAAAUGCCUGAACCAAAAUAUGUUGUUGCUAUGGGACCAUGUACAAUUACAGGAGGGAUGUUCAGUACCGAUUCUUAUAGUACUGUUCAGGGGGUUGAUAAGCUAAUUCCUGUAGAUGUUUAUUUGUCAGGCUGUCCCCCUAAACCGGAAGCAGUUAUGGAUGCUAUAACAAAACUUCGUAAGAAAAUAUUUCGAGAAAUGAUGUUACUGCUGAAAGAUGGAAGAAUUAAAAUCGUAGAUCAAAACACUAUGUAUGGGUGCUAUGAGCUGGCUAAACAAGAAUUCUUGAACAACAGUUCAGAUAUUCACAACCAAGAACUACUGGAUUCUCAGAUAGGCCCUGAAAGGAGAAGGAAGGCUGGAAUGCCAAUAGAUCCCGGAAAUAUGCCUGCUACAGCUGCAACAUGCUUUACAGGUCCUACAAUGUUUGGUUCAGUGAACAUUCAACAACAGAAAGUCAAUUAUCUAUAUCUGAUUCAAGAAUGA